AUGGCCUUCGUGACCUUCUGCGGGCUGAGGACGGGGGACCUGAGGCUGAUCGCUAGGACUGUGCUACCGAAAAUUUUCUUGGAGAACCUCCAUCUGCAUGCAUGCGAGGUGCUGAAAGGGAGGCGAGCUGUUGUGCUCACCGCCUUGCCGAGGCUCAUGGUGGAGGGAUUCUUGAAGGAGUACUUAGAGGUGGGGGAGGUGGUGGGGGUGGAGCUGCAGGUGGUGAAGGGCUGCUACUUCACGGGGGUCAUCUCUUGGCCUGACAAACAGAGAGCUCUCAGGGACAUGGUCAAGGCCGGUGCGGCCAUUGUGAACCUCUCCAAUGUCCACCACCACCAACUCUCGGCCAAGGAAAUUUAUGUCGUGAGAGAGGAGGAAUCAAGGAGUGAGAGCAGCAAAAUGCCGAGAAACAAGUACCCGAAGCCACUUGUGUUCCAUGACGGAAGACUGGCUUUUCUCCCGACGCCAUGCGAGAUGAUGGCGUUCUUCAUGUGGAUACCCGUGGCAAUCCCUUUGGCCGUGUUUAGGAUCAUGAUGGGGAUCGUUUUCCCUUAUAAAAUAUCCAUCUUCAUCGCCGCCGUCAUCGGAAUCCGAUUCCGGAGGGCCGGAGAUGGGAAAGCGAACGGGGAGAAGAAGGGGUGGUGUACGUGUGCACGCACCAGACGCUCGCCGCCGAUGGAGAGGCCGGGGUCGCCAACCUGCUGCGCCUGA